AUUAUUCUAUUCUAUUUUCCUCCAUAUGCAUCCUCGGCCAUCUUAUCUGCUAGUGUCUUGUGCUACUUGCUCCCUCUCCUCCUCUUCCUGAUAUCCGAAUCCGAAUCCCCUCGAUCUUCCUCUCCUGUCUCUCACUCUCUCCCUCUUCCUCAAACCCCCUUCCUCCUCUCUCCCCCUUAUCUAUCCCGUCCGACCGCCCUCUUGCCAUGGCUCACUCGCUCCCUACGCCUUUCACCCCAAACAGUGACUUUGCUGCCCUCGACUCCCACCGCUUCUCCACGGGUCCCAUUACAAUCACCGCCCUGGCCCGCUUCGAGUUCGAGGCGGGCAAAGCCAACGAUGGCACCAAAAUCAUGAUGAUCGAAUGGGAGGACGACGCUAUAGCUCGCUCCUCCUCUUUCCCCGGAGGUUCCUGGCACGUUGCCUGGGAGGGUAAAACCGCCGUUCUCCCUGCCGAUGAGAAGACGAGCGACAACACCCGUCGAAUGUACUUUCUACUGCCGCCACACGUUACCAUUCCUCCCACCGUCACCCUGUCAUACGAGCCCCCGGCCCACGCACCCCCGUCCGCCAAGAACCCCGAACCCAUGCAAUUGAACCCGCUGCCGGCGAUAUUUCCUCCAGAGCUCGGUGCUGAUGGCCGCUCGGCGGGCAAGAAGGGUGUGCUACACACGAUAUGGGCGAAGAAGCGGCUGCAGGUGCUGGAAAAGGAGAUCCGGGAUGAAUGUCUGAACAACGCCGAGGGGAUUGCGCUGCACAUGGCUCUGCAGGAGAAGGAAUGGAUCGAGUCCAAUUUUGGUGUGUCGCUGUCUCCUGACGGACCCAAGGUGGUCGGACAGAGUCACCCGGAUCCGCAUUAUCCUAUGGGACCUGCGACGCCGGUAUCGCCCAGCAGUGGAGGCAAGCUCGGCGAGAAGCUCAAGGGGCUGAAGCUGCAGACGAGCGAGCGGGAACUGUCCCCGAAGGAGGCCUCCGCGCGACAUCUACUAUCCCCCCAGUCCCCCGACGUGGCCGUCUCCUCCUUCAACUCCUUUCACAGCAUACAUCGACCGACCCGCAGUCCUGCGCCCGCAGCGCCAGAGGCCCUACGAACGGUGGUGCACUACCCGCCGGAAUCAGUACAGGCACAGCAGAAUGUCGAACACCACACGGGAUUCGCCUCGAUGGGAGGGAUGGCGCGCACAGCGAGCGCCGACUCGGGCGAGGAACUAUUCGCAAAAGCACUGAGCCCGCGGACGCCAGACCUGCCGCGGAGUCCAUUUUCAUUCCGACCGGAGGGACUGCAGAUGUGAGGGAGGCCAUGCUUGGGUGUAACAACUUGCUUGCACUGAGUGCAUUGAUGAUGGAUUGGAUGAUGAACUGUGCAUUACUGAACUGAUACCUAUGCUGUACAUAGAUGAUACCU